CACUGCCCUCCGUCUUCCUCUCCUGUUUCUGAACCACCGCCCCCUGUCUUCCUCUUCGUCUCGGCGAACUCCGUAGCUGGACACUACUUAUCAUUCCAUCUCUCAAGGACUUCAUCUCCGCUGAAGCUUUAAGAUUCAAAGGCUGAUGCAAGAGAAGUUUCACUAGCCGAAGCCCUUAAGAUGCAUCUGACCAAGAGCAAAGAAGCUAGAACAGUAAGAGACUGGGAAUCAGUAGAAGAGGAGAGCCAUUUGGCAAUCUCAUCUGGUGCAGAUUCUUCUCCUCAGAUAUAUGCUUUAAAAGCAGAGGCCUCGCUGAAUCUCAGGAAACACCAAGAAGCCUAUACCAUAAUUCAAAAAGGGCCAAACUAUGACACAAAUUUAUGCAUCCAGUUUUUGGGGGCUACUGCUUGUUCUGAUCUAUUAACAACCAAAGCACAAGUUUACAUGGCAGCUAGCAGAUUUGAGGAGGCAGUGGCGGCUGCUCAAUGUGCAGCGAAACUUGAUCCAACCGAGGAGGCAAAAGCUACAGCAGAGAGGGCUCUGGCCUUGGCAUCACCUCGAUUAGAAGGCAACCAGCUGUUUAAAGCAUUAAGAUUCUCAGAUGCCUUGAAAGUGUACACUGAAGGACUACAACAUCAGGCACUUAAUUCUAUAUUAUUAUGCAAUCGUCAUCAGCACACUUGUCAGCAAAUUGUUUGAGAUCAGAGUGCAAAGAGCAGGUGAGCCUGGAAGCAGAGGACUCCACUACAAAGGCUUUGGAAAGGCAUUGAGAAGAAGGCUUGAGCUGCAAUCCUGGUCGCCCCAGUUUGGUGAGCUGCAUAAAAGUUGCAGCCUCUUAGCAUAUAUGCAGUACCAUCAACUUGUGGAAAGAGGCUACACACCACUAAGAGGUAGACCUCUUUCUGUGAUUAUGAUCUAGAAAUAAAAUUACCUUUUCUUUUUAUAAUUAAAGACGCUAAUAGCCACCAAGUCUUUGACAAGAAUUGAACCUAUGUUAAGUAGUUAUUCUUAUUAUUCUGUAUUGCACUAUGCCUUUAUGAAAAUUCCUAUUUGUCUUCG